AUUCCUAGUUUGCCGAUAACCUUUAAAGAAGUCGAAGAAAGGAGGAGGGAGGAGGAGAAGAAGAAGAAGGAAAACAAGCUUAGACGGUGAAGUCAGGUAGACACCAUCCCCGUCUAACCUUUAGGAGUAAAUAUUUUGAUUUUUUUUUCGAGUAGGCUUAAAACACGUUAGCUAGUGAGCCGACCUGGCCGCAGCUACCGUUAGCAUAAGCACGAGCUAAGCCCUCUGCUAGCUGGCGGAUCUAUAAUGUAGCUCUCUGAUCAGAUCAUUAGGCAUGGGAGGGCGAAGAUAAGCGAUCACACAGUUUUGGAGGGGCACCGCCCACCGAUGUAUGACCACAGGGAUCCACCACCGGGGCCGCAGUCUCAGGGAGCCGAAGGAGGAACACCCGACCAAACCAGGACCAGAAGAAAGUCCGGAUCGGACACCAUCAUAAGUACGAUGGGAGCGGUCCUCCACUGGGUCCACGAUGUGGCAUCUGUCACUCUCCUGAAAGCACGGCGGACUCUACUGCAGGCCGCCAUCCUGUUCUGUGUCCUGUUACUGCUGCUCUGGGUGUCCAUCUUUCUCUAUGGAAGCUUCUAUUACUCCUACAUGCCCACCGUGAGCUUCUCCACCCCUGUGCACUUCUUCUACACCUCCGACUGCGACGCCUCUGAGUCGGUCCUGUGCUCAUUCCCCACGGCCAACAUCUCCUUCAUCAAGAAUGAGAGGGACCAAGUGAUGGCGUACGGUCAGCCGUAUCGGGUCUCGUUGGAGCUGGAGAUGCCAGAGUCCCCGGUGAAUGAAAAACUGGGUAUGUUCAUGGUCAAGAUGUCUUGUUACACCAAGGGUGGCAAGACCGUCUCAUCGGUGGGCCGAUCCACAAUGCUGCAUUACCGCUCCAGCCUCCUGCAGAGCCUGAGCACGUUGCUCUUCUCUCCUUUCUUUGUGACUGGGAUGGCCGAACAGAAGCAGCUCAUUGAGGUUGAGCUCUUCUCAGAGUACAAGACGAAUGCCUUCCAACCCUCCAUCGGUGCGGUCAUCGAGAUCAUGUCCAAACGAGUGCAGAUCUACUCCUCUCAACUGCGUAUCCACGCCUACUUCACCGGCGUGCGAUAUGUCCUGUACAACUUCCCCCUGACGUCUGCAGUGAUCGGUGUCGCCACCAACUUCGCCUUCCUCAGCGCCAUCGUGCUGUUCGGCUACCUGCAGUUCGUGUGGGGCGGGCUCUUGCCUCCAGAACAAGUGCGGGUGAGGGUCAUGAUGGGGGACAACACCCGCAUCCAGCAGAGGAGAGAGGACGCUCGGAAGCGCAUGGAGAAGGAAAACUCGCAGAAGGACCUUGGCGCUCCUCAAGUGAUCGGCCCCGUGACCGAGGCCUCGGAUGCCCGUGACAACGGCACGGGGGCACGGGAGUUCCCGGCGAGGCCCUCAGAAGUCGCGGACCCCCCUGGGGACAACAACAAGGAGGGCCGCCCUGGGGAGGAAGACGACGGCUCCGGCGUGUCGGAGGGACGCCAACGGCCUCAAGAGGGUGAGACGACACUCCGACAGAGACCCGGGGCGUGGAUGAGCCUGUGAAGCUUUGCCACUGCACCCAACACAAGCACUUAUAGUAUAUGCUCAAUGUUAACACAAAUAUAAUGGAGGUUUCGGGUUUUAAGCUAACAAACUACUGCGUAUUGUCCUGUGUUGAGUCCUUGGCCUAGUUGUAACUUUGACUUCUUCUCUGUUGUCUUCUCUGCAUAUUGUCCACAGCACUUCUAAAGUCUGAUGUUUUACCAUCGGUGUUGUUAUAAUGCCCGUAUCAGAAGAUACUACAUUCCAGCUCUGCCGUGUCUAACAGAAUAUGAACUAACCCUUCAGAGGUCCGUUGAACUGUGAGGUGGCAUUUUCUCACAUCACGGCCAGCGUUCAAUAGCUGAAUGCAGACAUCCUGACACUCCCACGAUAACUCAAGUAGACGUGUCUUUAUUGCCGGUUCAUACAUCCGUGCACAGGAUUCUGUUUUUGAAUGUAGCCCCCCCCCACGUACUUGUUACAGAAUUGAUAUAGUUUAGAGACUUCCUAGAAUGUUUCACACCCUUUUUAAAGGUCCCAGAUAAGCAAGCCUCGUGAUACUCUUUCACAGAGUCUCUUUCAGAGCAAUUUGAUUUGGAAAAUGUGCCCAAAAUCCUGUCUUUGUUUUUAAUUGCUUACCGUACAACGUAUGUGAAGCCUGAGGGACACAAGACAUUUAUUUUACUUGUUCAUUCAGAGACGUUCUGUCUCAGUUUCUUGAGUGAUUUUACAGCUCGUUCAUACUUGGUUAAAGCUGGGAUCCUUUGACAAAGGAGGUCUUCAUUCCACCAUCACUAUUUCUUUGUCUUCACUAUCUGUUACAGUGCAGCUUAUACACUGCAAUUUAAUGUCGAGAAAGUUUUAUUUAUUUAGUUUUCAACAAAAGCACCAAUAUUUUAGAUGUGUCUUUUUAAGUUGUAUCUAACAUUACGGAACGGUAUAAGAAGGAUAAAUAAAGUUACUGUUUCAAAAUCGUGGUCGUUAAAGCUGUUGAAGAAGAUUCAUGAGUUGUUGGAAUUAAGAACUGCCUACAAGUAUUUAUCCUGCACUCCGGGGGAGCCAAGGGUUUAAGCCUUAAGGGAGUUUAUGUAAGAGUUUUGCAGGCGACAUAGAAUUCUGUACCAAAGAGAUAUGUUAUAUAUGAUGCAUUUGUUUGAUGUCAUGGAAAUAUCCUUUUCAAAUGCCUCAAAAUGAUUUUAAUAGGUGUUAUUUAUGUGUUGAACAAAUGAAAUAAACAUGCAGUGGCUCUCUUCCCAUGA